AUGUCUUUGCCGAGUGAUAGUGUCGCUAAUCUCAAUGAAGAGAUAACAGAUGACCAAUCCCUGGAAUAUAAUAACGAUGGCACUCCAAUAACUAAAUGGGAUAAAACCAAAUUAAUUCUAAGCAUUUAUUGGAGAGGAUUAGUUUGUUUUAUUACGCCGAUUAUCCUUUUACCAAUACUGCUAUCCUUUCCGCCUAAGAAAUACCAGUGGUGUGGUUAUACCCUGGUGUUAAUGGCGAUAUACUGGGUAACUGAAUGUAUACCAUUGCCACUAACAUCAUUUUUUCCGAUUAUAAUCUUCCCUUUAACCGGAAUCAUGAGUACUGAUGAAUGCUGUUGGUGUUAUAUGAAUGAUACGAUAAUGAUGUUUAUCGGCAGUAUGAUACUUGCAUAUGCCGUCGAACAGUCGGGACUUCACAAGAGAUUGGCUUUAUGUGCCAUCCGUUCUAUUGGUUACUCGCAUUAUAAGUUAUUAUUUGCGAUGUGCUUCAUAACGAUGUUCAUUUCUAUGUGGAUUACAAAUACAGCAGCUACUACUUUAAUGGUUCCAAUAAACUUUGCCGUACUAAAAGUAUUUGAAGACCAAAACUUGUUAAGCAUUUACGAUGUCAAUAAAAAUGGUGAAAAUGUUGCAUCAGAUAUUACAACGUGUUAUUUCUGCGCAGUGACGUUUUCUGCAACUAUAGGUGGUAUUGGUACUUUAGUAGGCACCGCAACAAACUUCGUUUUUAAAGGACUAUUUUCAAAAACAUAUCCAAAUGCGCCGGAAUAUUUAUCAUUUCCUAAGUUUUCUGCAUUCGCAAUUCCAUACAUGAUGGUGAUGGAAGGUGCAAUGUAUAUAUACCUGGUCAUUGUUUACUUCGGAUUUUUAAGACCAAAAAGUGCUGCAGCACAAAGAGCAAAAGUGCCACAAUCCGGAAUAGAAGCCGCCGAAAAAGUUGUAAAUGAAGAUUAUAAAAAUCUUGGAAGGAUAACCUUUUGGGAAAUCAUGGUUAUAUUACUCUUCAGUCUAGCCAUAUGCCUAUUUUUCUGUCGAUCUCCGCAAAUAUUUUCUGGAUGGGGUGAUCAAGUUUCGAAUUACUUCAAAUUGGGAAAUAAGAAAUUCGUCGGCGAUUCUUCAGCUGCAAUGCUGGUUGGUUUUCUUAUGUUCUUAUUACCAUCUACAUUGGAGUUCUUCAAUAACUGUAAAGCUCAAGAGCAUGAGGAUUUACCGAAACAUUCUAUACCAUCUGUUCUUGAUUGGAAAACUAUGAAUCAAAUAAUGCCAUACAGUUUCAUGUUUCUAUUAGGUGGCGGUUUUGCCCUCUCCGAAGCAGCGAAGGAAGAACAUACGAACCUCAAUGGAAAAAUUGGUGCCGUAUUACAAGAUUUCAGAUAUUUGAACAAUGGAACUAUUCUUUUCUUCAUUAUAAUUUUUACGGUUUUUAUAACGAACUUCGCAUCGAACGUAGCUGUGUGCAACGUUAUAGCGCCAAUCGUUAUGCAGUUGGCGAAAGAAAUAAAUCAAAACCCAUUAUGGUACAAUAUAGCAGCAGGUUAUUCGUCGUCAUAUGCGUUUUGUCUUCCUGUUGGAACGCCGGGAAAUUUGGUCGUUCAAAGCGUCGCUAACAUACCGACAGCGAAAAUGAUGAAGGCAGGAAUAGGACCAACUUUAACGACGAUUAUAAUCACAUGGUUCUGCAUUAACUUCUGGGCUCCAGUGGUAUGGCCUGAUCUCCACAACCUACCUGACUGGAUAUAUAACUCACGAACGCAUUAA